AUGCUCUAUGUCUCUCACAACAUCAGUCUGAGAGGAGUCAUCUUGGCUUUAUAUGCCAAAUUUCACAUUUGGUAUCCCACAUCGUCGCAGCUCAUAGCACACUCACAUGCUUCUAUAAUGCUACUAGACAUCUCACGAUCUAACUUGCCCUUGCUGCUCCCACCGGCACACAUCACAUCAAGCAACGCCGAAGUACCUCCAACCGAGACGGCCCUACCCGUAAACGUUUCCCCGGACCUAAACUCGACCUGGAAGUCCGGAGCAUCUCCAAAAUAUUAUGCAGGCGAUGGCGGGGUAGCAAAGUUCUCCACCCGAACGCCUACCUGCAAUGGUUCACCUAUAGAGUUCCUGGUCUUAGCAUGGUCGAUGACACCCUACGCCCACGUUCAAGGCGGAGUUGUGCGGAGUCUUGAGGAGUUGAGAAGGCCCGAAGCUGGAGGUCCUUCUCAGAUCAUGGCAUGCACUCUGGUAAAUUUCAAGCUCUAUCGCUAUCACAUAUACUGCCGAAAAACGCCCGGCUCCUGCAUACAGGUCAUCGAUCGCAGGCCAACUCAUCUUACUAUUGGUGGCUUAAUCAGGUUCCUGUUACACAUGCACUUCAAUAACACCGGAUAUGACAUUACUUGCUCUCCGGAAACUUGGGCCUGGUUUACGGACGUAAGUGGCAUCGUGAGCGAAAUUGUUAAUGUUCAAUUCUUUUGA